GCGCCCCGAUUGGCGCUCGGAGGGAAGUGACGUCACGACCGGCGCGGCGGGGGAUUUGAACGACGCGGCGCGGUGGAUCCCGGGAGUGGCGAGGGGGCCCCGGACACCUGAGUUCGCCCUGACUCUCCCUUCCCCAGCCACCGGCUUCCCUUCUGAACUCGCCCUGACCCUGCGGUGGACUCGGCCCCAAAAUGCCCCGCCCCAAACCCACUCCCCGGCGGCUCCGGGGUUCCCCAGCCCGCCCAUCGCCCCGGCCGCGGGCACGCAGGCGCCGCCCAGGUCAGCGGGCAUUGCAGGAAAUCCGCAAGUACCAGAACAGCACCCGCCUGCUGCUGCGCCGCGGCCCCUUUGCUCGCCUGGUGCGGGAGAUCUGCCUACUCUUCACGCGUGGGGUUGAUUACCGCUGGCAGCAAAUGGCCCUGAUGGCACUGCAGGAGGUUUUGGGACACAGGCAGCAGAGGCCUUCAUGGUGCGGUUGCUGGAAGAUGCUUACCUGUGCUCACUCCACGCCCGCCGAGUCACCCUGUUCCCCAAGGAUCUGCAGCUGGCCCGGCGCCUGCGGGGACCUGAGGCAGGGGGCACCUGAAUGAGGACCCCCUGGGGGUCUGUCCUGACAAUCUCACACCCAUAAUCUUACUGGGACCUCCUAUGGGACCAUCAUGCUGAGACUCCCCCACCAUGGGGUCCCCCAAAUCCCCCACAUGGACCCACCCCAUAGACUCCCCCACCUCAGGAUCCCCAACAACCCCUUCAGGGACCCAUCCCAGGGUAGAGGUCCCCUUCCUUAGUCCGGCACCCCUGAGAUUAUUGAGGACCCCUACCCAUGAUCUCCCUGGAACUCCCAUCACCAGUAUGCCAGUCCCAGGGAAACCUACCCAGAACCUCCACCCUAGUGGAGGCCCUCCCAGUUCUGCUGUACCCCAAUAAAUGUUUGUGACCCCUA